AUGAGGCUGCGCAGUAGUUACCUACCUCUGUCUACCUUCCUCCAAAUACCCUUCAACUACCUCCAUCUUCCCCUUGUUAAUAUAAAUACCAUCCCCAACAAGCAAGAAAACAUUCUUAUUCUUUCCAAUCCACAUUUCACCCAAACUUUCAAUUUUCUCCAAAUGGAAGCAACUGGGAUAACAUCUUCAUCCUUAUUACCCCAAGAUUUUACCCAACAACCAUCAACCCUAAUACCUAAUUACAAUACUCAUGAUGAUCAUCAAAUUAUGCACAUUUUCGACACCGCUAACAACGUUAUUAAUAAUCAUCAGUUUAUCCAAAACACAUUUCCAUCCACCCCUACAUCUUUAUUUACCAAUAAUAAUGAUCUUAAUAACAACAUUAUUAGUAAUAAUAAUGUUUCUUCAUCCUUAAACCACCUAUUAUACUCCCCAUUAUCAAUACCUAAUUGCUCACAAUAUCAUCAAACUCCUCAACCUCCUAUCUUGGAUAACAUUGAUUGGGUUAAUCUUUUCUCUUCUUCUUCUGGUGAUCAUCAACAACAGGCUCUUGAGCCAAUAAGCGCGGCCCCAUCAGUCGGAUCAUCAACCUCAUCUGCUCCAGCUAACAACAACAACAACAACAACAACGACGACGAUAAUAGUAACGGUCAUACCGGUACAAGUAGUAAAGCAAGAUCAAUAGCAUGUUCUUCUACUAGUUCUAUGAAGAAAAAAGUGGUAACCCCAAGGUUUUCUUUCCAAACAAAAAGUGCGGAGGAUGUUCUUGAUGAUGGGUAUAAAUGGAGAAAAUAUGGCCAGAAAUCUGUCAAAAAUAGCACCCACCCUAGGAGUUAUUAUCGUUGCACAUACCACACAUGCAACGUGAAAAAACAGAUACAACGUCAUUCAAGGGAUAAAAGUAUCGUAAUUACAACAUACGAGGGCAUCCACAAUCAUCCUAGCGAGAAAUUAAUGGAGACAUUGAGCCCUCUUCUUAAGCAACUCCAAUUCCUUUCUCGAUUUUAAUUAAAGUUGAAGUUCAAUUGAAAAUCGUGUAGUCUUAUGUAAUUAAUUAGCUAAUUAACACCAUGAAUUUGGUGCAUGUGCUGAUGUGCACCAACGAAUUAAUGUUUGACCAUUUCUUUUGUACGUACAAGCUAGCUAGGAAAAUGUACAAGCUAUAUACUUAAAAAAGCAAUGCAAUAUCAAUUAAUGAAAAAAAAUAUAGACAUAGUAUAUACGAUUAUAUGAAUACGUGUUUUUUUAUUAGUACGAUGAAAAAUCCUACCGUACGCUAUAUAUAUUUUAAAAUUAUUCUAUAUAAUUGAUACACAAAUGAGAGUUGUUAGACUUUGUGCAUCAUUGACUGAAUUUCAGUCAAAUUAAAAACAUUUUCUCUCUCAUCACUACAAGAAUUUGUAUUGUUAAUGACAAAUUAAUAACGACGGGUCAAAAUUUCGGUCGCAAAAGUCUUUUGCGACGGGGCUAACAACCAAAUAAUGGCGGGGAACAACCGUCGCAAAUGUCUUUUACGACGGGUUAACGACGGAAUUUUUCAUUAACGACGGCCCCCUUUUAUGACGGGUUCGAGACAGGAAAUCCCGUCGUUAAUGAUAUGUAUGUUUUAUAUAGUGUUUUACCCCCGUCCCUUAGUACUUUUAUGCGUCAAAUGAGCUCUUAGGAGCCGUUUUUAGUAUUAAUAUGUGUUAUUGAGUGUGCCUUGAGUUUCAGGUUUGAUUAUGAGAAAUUGGUCGUUUUUUAGACCCGUUUCAUGGUGAUUUAGGCCACUACACGAGCCCGAGGAAGUUCGGGACCUUUAUCGUCGACUUUCGGGAUGCUUAUGGUUGAGCCCCGAGAGUUAGACUCGGUGAUAUGGGCGAAGGAUAUUGAGGAUUGCAAAUCGCCCUGUGAGCUGAGGGCGAAAUGCGACCAUCGGGCGGAAAGAAGAAGAAAUUGAAGUCAUUUGUACGCGCCCGAUCGGGCGCACUUCGCCCGGUCCGGAUCGGGCGCCCAUACUUAAGCAUAUCCUAGGCUUUCGCAAACCGCCUGAUCGGGCGGAAUUUGGCCCGAUCGGGCCGACUAUCGAGCACAUCGCCCGAUCGGGCGACGCCAACCUCUGCAGCUUUUCGCGUGCUUUCUUUUCCGGUUUUUAGGCUUUAUUUUGGCAAACUAUAUAAAGAAGCCUUAGUUAAUUUUAGAGAUACUUUUGUUUUCCAAUAUUGAACCUUAGUUUAAUACCCUUAGCCUAGUUUUCU